UGUAACCCUCUUUCUUCCUCUUCCUCAGACAGGGGGAAGCACCCUCGGAGCCUGAAGAGGAAGGCGUCCCCGGAGCCGGACGGUGAAGGCGGCGCCCUGAAGAUGAACGGUGGCGAGCUGUGGCUCCCGGCGCACUCUGAGGUCCUGAAGAUGCCCCUGGUCGCUCUGCCAGGGUUCUCAUCUGCUCCCCCCUCCACCAUCUCCCCCAACUCCCGCACCACACCCCCUGAGGCUGCCACAGCCCAGAACGGUCAGUCCCCCAUGGCGGCGCUCAUCCUCGCCACUGACAAUGCUGGAGGCACAGGCUCACCCAAGGAUGCCAAUCAGGUACACUCCACUACGUCGGGCGUACGGCGGAACAGCGGUAGCCCCCUGUCGCCGUCCUCUGCCUCUCAGAGGAGACUGGCCCAGAGGGAGGGGCCUCUGAACGCCAACCCCUCUGCUCCACACACUCCUGGUAGCAUGGAGCCCCACGCGCUGGCUCCGCAGAGCAUUCCGGACUCUUCAGUGGUGCCCGGCAGCGUGGCGCUGUGCUGCACCCUGUGCCAUGAGCGGCUGGAGGACACCCACUUUGUCCAGUGCCCGUCGGUGCCCUCGCACAAGUUCUGCUUCCCCUGCUCCCGGGAGAGCAUCAAGCAGCAGGGCGCCACCGGCGAGGUGUACUGCCCCAGCGGCGAGCGUUGCCCGCUGGUCGGCUCCAAUGUACCCUGGGCCUUUAUGCAGGGGGAAAUAGCCACCAUCUUGGCCGGGGACAUAAAGGUAAAGAAGGAGAGGGACCCGUAAAAUGUGCACCGGCUGAUUCCCUUGAACUUUUCCCUUUUUAUAAUCUGACUACGGCAACAACAGCAGGACACAAACACUCGAGUGUCAGUCCUCCGCAGACGGACGUGUACAUAUCGGACAAAGGGAAGCGUGUACUUCGUAAACAUGGCUGUAUCAUUUUUAGAUUUUUCUUUUUCAGUACGUUUUGUUUCUAUAGAAGAUGAAGGUAUGUACUCGUCCUAACACUCGACCAUCACACGUGUUCAGUCUGUAUUUACAUCCGGAGACAGCGGAACAUGUAGAAUGUGACGAGCAAAAAUAAAUAAAAAAGAAAGAAACAAGA